AUGGCUCCAAAGAAAACUACCGGUUCAGCAAAGGGAACUCCCGCCACCAAGGUCGCUAAGAGAAGCGGAAAGCACGCCGAAAGAAAGGCUGGUGCUCACGGAAAGAAGAAGAGAACUGAAACCUUCUCCGUCUAUAUCUACAGAGUCCUCAAGCAAGUCCACCCAGAGACUGGAAUCUCCAAGAGAUCCAUGCACAUCAUGAACUCCUUCAUCGGAGAUAUCUUCGAGAAGAUCGCUCUCGAGGCUUCAAAGCUCGUCAGAUACAACAAGAAGCACACCCUCUCAUCCAGAGAGGUCCAAACUGCCGUCAGACUCCUCCUCCCAGGUGAGCUCGCCAAGCACGCCGUCUCAGAAGGUACCAAGGCCGUAACCAAGUACAGCAGCGCAUGA